AUGUCAGAAUUUCGAGCUGGAUCAACAAAACAUAGGCAUAUUAGCUCUAGUCUUUGCAAAAACCAGAAAUGUGAAACCAAUGUUGUAGAGAAAAAGACAGUGCCACCUCCUGUGACCCCGUCAAUGAUCACUGUUAAGGCCACAUUACUACGUUUUAACGGAAUCCCUUUGGCUUGGAAGGAGCUUAGGUUUAUUCUGCUGGACGAGGCACUCGAUCGGCCAGAUGAAGUACCUCGAAAUGAAACAAAGAAAGAGAUUGAUAACCAGUUCCUGAAAAAAUUAUCCAGUAUAAGCCUUAAUCUUUGUGAGAUGCUGCUGCAAGUAACACCUGGAUUGAAUAGGGUGCGGGUAAAGAAAAAAGACAUUCUUCCCAUUUCGGGGAAGGAUUUGACAAACACCCCAAGAGAAAAAGAUUUGGGAUUCAUGAAAUUCUUAUCCUCCACAUUUUACAGUGUAUUCGACAUUUCUCCUCAGUUCCAUUGUGCUUUGCUCAUAGCGAGUCCAAGUAUGGUUAGAUAUCGAGCACAAAUUUUGACCUCUCAAUUUGUCUUCAAAAUGGAAACAAAGUCAUUGCUGAGCUUGGGAGAAGCAUUCACUGAGUUCUUUCAACAAAUCACAGAGACCACAAUGAUCUUCUUCUGCUAUGCGCUGAUUUUGUGGCUGGUUGUUCCACUGCACCCUAUGAUGCAGCUUUUCAUCAUGCUUAUGUUGAUUGCUGGACCAUGUUACUAUGUUCCAGAACUGGUAGGCAUGGCUUCAGGUAUUACAGUGCCCUGUGGCUCCUUUGAGAUGCCUCUUUUCUGGUUUAUAGCCUCUGGGGCUUUUCUUCUUUCUCUGCUUUUUGUUUUUCUGUCACUGCUUGUGAUUUACAUCAUUCGGAGGUACAUACAUCCAAGGGGAGAAAGUGUGAGAGAAGCCGAUGUUGGUUUGGAUGAUUUGCGGAAUAUCUUCGAGGAGUUCAAAUACCUUAAUGAGGUGAUGAAUGGUUGA